AUGGCUAAAGCAUACAAACUACAGUCUCCUCCAGGACCUAAACCUUGGCCAGUUAUUGGAAAUCUACACAUCCUCAACCUGAAGAGACCAUAUCAAACCAUGUUAGAGCUCUCCAAGAAAUAUGGCUCCAUUUACAGCAUUCAUAUGGGACCAAGGAAGGUGGUGGUGCUUUCUGGCUAUGAGACAGUGAAAGAUGCCCUUGUUAAAUACGGCAAUCAGUUUGAGGAGCGUUCCCGAGUGCCUAUAUUUGAAAGACUUUUUAAUGGAAAAGGAAAACCCUUUGAGAUCAAGAAAGUACUGAAUGCUUCUGUUGCUAACGUCAUUGUGUCUGUGUUGUUCGGGAAACGGUUUGACUACCAAGACCCCCAGUUCUUGAGACUCUUAACGUUAAUUGGGGAAAACGUGAAACUCAUCGGAAGCUCGAGAAUUGUGCUUUUUAAUAUGUUUCCUGUUUUGGGAUUUCUCCUAAGAAGCCACAAGAAGGUCCUAAGGAACAGAGAUGAAAUAUUUUCCGUCAUAAGGAUGACCUUACUAGAACACCACCAGAAUCUUGACAAAAAUGAUCCCAGAAGUUUCAUUGAUGCCUUUCUUCUCAGACAGCAGGAGGAAAACGAUAUAUCUGCUGACUAUUUCAAUGAAGAAAAUUUGUUAGCCCUUGUUAGCAAUCUGUUUGCAGCAGGAACAGAGACCACAGCCACCACACUGCGCUGGGGAGUCACACUCAUGAUGCGAUACCCUGAGGUCCAGGAAAAGGUCCAUGAUGAGAUUGUCAAAGUCGUGGGCUCAGCUCAACCUCGGAUUGAGCACCGAACUCAAAUGCCCUACACAGAUGCUGUAGUUCAUGAAAUACAGAGGUUUGCGGACAUACUGCCCACAAGCUUGCCCCAUGAGACAACCACAGAUGUUAUAUUUAAGAACUACUAUAUUCCAAAGACUGAGACACUGACGCCACGGAGGAAAUCCAAGGCUGCUGAGAGUUGGUUCUUCGAGCAUUUUCUCGAAACACAGCCCCGAAAUAUUUCUCAGGUUUCCAGGAAUCUAUGUGUUUAA